AUGCAGCGACCUCAGUACGUGCCGCCAUCUUCGGACGAACGGCAGAGCGGCGAGAGGCGAAGCUCCCGAGGCGGACGUGGCCGGGGCGAUGCGAGUGGCCGGGGGAGAGGUGGUGGUAGAGGUGGUGGUAGAGGUGGUGGUAGAGGUGGUGGAGGCAGAGGAAGAGGCGGCGGCGGUAGAGGUGGUCGAGGCGGCGGAGGCCCCAACAGAGAGGGCUGGCGGCUGGAGCUGGCGGCCAUCACACAAAACCCCGAUGAGGCCGAGCGAGCUGGGGUGGUGUUCCUGCGGGAGGCGGUCCAGGUCGAGGUGGUCAAGGGCAGCGGCGAACAACAACAGCGGAAAAGAACGAAGCGCGACGGCGAACAACCCGGCGGAAAGAGCGAAGCGACGGUGAGCGGCGGCUCCGGGGAGGCGAGGAGCGAUGGUGCGGAGGGCGGCAUGCGGACGGAAGAGGUGUUGGUGAUCUACGACAAGAUGCCCAAAGCCCGACGGCACAUGCUGGUACUGCCUCUCCGCGAGAUCGACAGUCCGCAGACGCUGAAGCGGUUCCACCUGCCCGUGCUUCGGGCACUCCACGCCACUGCCCUCAAGACCGUAGCCAUGUUGCAGGCCGAGGACCCGUCGCUGACGUUCCGGAUCGGCUACCACGCGAUCCCUACACUCCAGCAGCUGCAUCUGCAUGUGGUGAGCGAGGAUUUUGACUCACGCUGCAUGAACCGGGAGCUGCGAUGGAACUCGUUCACGACUCCCUUCUUCAUCCCUUCGACGGAAAUGAUGGCGAUCAUCGAGCGAGACGGCAAGUUCGACGGAACUGAAUACAAGCGCUACCUCAGGCAGGACAUCGUCUGCUUCCGCUGCCAGCACCGGCCCCGAACCUUUGAUGACCUCAAGAUGAAGGCGAACACGGCACUGCGGCCCUACGUGGCCCCGAAGUGGGCGCAAGAGGCGGGCCUCAAGGUGGUGCCCACCAAGUUCGUGUCGCUGACGUCCUCCACCGGCCCCACCCGCCUCCACCGCUGGCACCUGCCCUCCGUCGAUGGUGUGGAGGUGUGGAUCAAGCGGGACGACGAGACCGGACUGGUGACGUCCGGCAACAAGAUUCGCAAGCUCCAGUUUCUCCUGGCCGAUGCCAUCGACAAGGAGCACGACUGCAUUGUCACCAUUGCGCGCGAGCUGGGAAUCGAGUGCCACCUCAUCCUAAGGACCGACUACACUCCCGAGAACAUCCCCAUCACUGGUAAUGUGGCGUUGGACAUGAUGAUGAACGCCCAACUGCACCUGGUGUCGGUGGCCGAGUACAACCGCGUUGGCUCGCCUCAGCUGCUGAGCGACCUGGGCAAGCGGCUGGAGCAGGAGGGGAAGAAGCCCUACCUCAUCCCCGUCGGCGGCUCCAAUGAGCUUGGCUCUUGGGGCUACAUGCAAGCCACGGAGGAAUUGUGUCACCAGAUGAAGGACCUCAACAUCGAGUUUGAUGAUAUUAUCACAACCAUCGGCAGCGGAGGUACCACCGGCGGAUUGGCGCUCGGCGUGGCACUGAGCGGGCUCUCCGCGCGCACGAAGCUCCACGCGUUCUGUGCCUGCGACGACGAUGAGUAUUUCUACCGGGAGAUCGACCAACUGAUCACCAACCUGGGUCUCGGCGACAGGUUCAAGGCUCGAGACCUGGUCAGUGUCAACGACAAGUAUGUGGGCUUGGGCUACUCAAUCAGCCAAAAGGAGGAGCUCGAGCUGAUCAUCAAGGUGGCGCAGCACACGGGCGUGGUCGUGGAUCCGACCUACACUGGCAAGGCCCUGUACGGACUCAUUCACGAGAUCAAGGCUGACCCAGAGAAGUGGAAGGGCAAGAAGGUGCUGUUCCUUCACACGGGCGGACUGUACGACAUCUACUCGCGGCUCGAUCAGCUCUCCCCGCUCUUUGCCAAGAGCCAGAUACACACCUUCGCCAGCAGCCAGUAA